ACAUAAUAAUAAUAAUAACUUGAGUGAGGAAACUUGAGAGUUGAGAAAGAAAUAGAAAUAGAAAUAGAGAAUGGAUGGGAUACAAAUAGCUCUGCCUAUUCUUGGAAUUGUUGCAGCUGCAGCUGUGACCUUUUAUGCAGUAAGUUUUUCUGAGAUUAGAGAGAAAACAUUUAGAGAUUUGGAUGAAUCCGAAUCUGAAUCCCAAAAUGGAGGUUAUAAGCCAUCCUUUAGCUCCCGAGAGAGGCGAGCUAGACGACAAGCUAACAAGAAUUCCAAAAAUUGAGGUGAGGAAUUGCUUUCCACGGAACCGUCUUUCUAUCUUCUUCUUUUCCUUUUUCUAAGAAAAAAUAGACAAUAAAAUUAUUGUAAUGAGAUGUACUUAAAUGUCUAUGUAGUUCGGUUGCCUUUCAUUUUCUUUGUGUGUUUCGUUACUCAAUUAAUUCAUAUUUAUUAUGCUACUACAAUAAACCCUAAGUUUGGUUUGCAGAAUGUUGAAAGCCCCACGUUCAUAGACUUAUUCAAUGAU